CGAGAAGCCAUGUCGCGUUAUUUAUGAUGGCAUAGAACGCGAAUUAUAUUUGCAACUGUGUGCAAUAUAGCGAUAUUUGUUUCGCUUAUUUUAUGUUCGCAACUCCGAUGGUGCCGCUUAAACGUGUCGCGUGACCAUAUCGUCGUGAUAAAUGGGGAAAUUAGUGCAUUUGUGUGUGGUUGUGUUGUGAGUGCCAAUGGAUCGACGAUGUUCGCAAUCGGUCAGGACGCUUGUUUUCGACGAUUCAGACUCUGAUCCGCCUAAACAUGGUCAGAAGAAGGAGCUGUCCUCGACCGCAGUGCCCUCAUCGCUGAACCAGAGCGCAGAAGAUGCGGGCAAAACAGCGCGAACCAACUUGGUUCGCAUGCGCCGGUCUGCGCUCGGGAAAUCCGCGCCAACUCUAUCCGUCCACGUGAAAGAGUCAUGCACGGUGUCCCGCCGACCGUCGCGGUUACCACCGCCGCCGCCGCACCACAGGCUUUCACUUGUGGUCGGCUCAGGACGCUGCAGCUCCCCGGGCACGGGGCCCCUCUCCCCGGCUGAGGGCCCGCGCUGGCCCGCCCACCCCCCGCACCCGCUGCACCACGCCCUGCUCUCCUCCAGCGUGAAGCGCGGCAAGGAGCUCGAUGGUCGCAGGUGGUCGGUGGCUUCGCUUCCGUCCUCGGGCUACGGGACUACUCCGGGCAGCUCCAGUCUAUCUUCACAAUGCUCGUCUCAAGAACGUCUGCUGGCGGUGGCUGUGUGCGAGCCGCCACGAGCGCCGUGUCCACACUGCCAUCAACACCAAAAUUCACUCAACAGUUCGCAAGGGAGCGGUAUGAACAACUGGGCGUCACUGUCAGACAGCGGUGGCGCUUACACCGCCGGGCGCGCGCCUUCCCCGCAGAGUCCAAAACGACGCGUAAGAAGCCGCAGUCUCAGUUCUCCAUCCCGCUCGCCCGGCGGCGCCGCGAGCGGAGGCGAGGGCGCGAAAGAUGACGCUGUGUCCGCCAUGUCUUCACUGUUCGCCGCGCGCUUCCCCGCGGCACAAAGAGCUAUGGAUGACAAAUUAAGAUCACUAAUUGAAGAGUUGACAGAAUUGGACAAGAAACCGGACCGGCCGCCUAUAGAAAGAUUCGUUGCAAGACAGGUAUUGGAGAUGGCUCGGGACUGUCUACACAAGUCGGAAUCGAAGCAGGUCACCAGCAGCUACUUCUACGACAUGGCCGACAGUUUAGACAGAUUGCUCGCCGAGACUCGAGAAAAAUCAGCAGAAGCCGGCGCGCAAGUAGCACCUCUAGUCACCCGCCUCAUCCUAGCGAUGGCUCGCCCCGCCCGCUUACUGGAGUGUCUCGAGUUCGAUCCCGAACGCUUCUACAGACUGCUGGAGGCCGCCGAGGGACACGCUAAACACAUGCAGGGAAUGACGUCGGACAUCCCGAAGUACAUAAUCCACAAGCUGGGGCUCUCGCGGGACCCGCUCGCCGAGCUGCACGCGCCGCCGCCGCCGCCGCAGCCGCCGCAGAACGCCUCGCCUUCCAAAUCGCGAGGCCGACAAUCACCGCCAGGAGGUCCCGGGGGUGCUCCGCCCUCGGAAAACGACUAUCAAGUGAUAAAACUCAUCUCCAACGGGGCUUACGGAGCCGUGUAUUUAGUCAAACACAAGCAGACCCGGACGAGGUACGCGAUGAAGAAGAUCAGCAAAAAUAACUUAAUACUUCGUAAUCAAGUCGAGCAGGCGUUCGCGGAGAGAGAUAUCCUUAGUUUUGCCGACAACCCUUUUGUGGUGACUAUGUACUGCUCCUUCGAGACCAAGCGGCACCUCUGUCUGAUCCUGGAGUUCGUCGAAGGCGGCGACUGCGCCACGCUACUCCGCGCCGGACCGUUACCUCCGGACAUGGCGAGACAUUACUUCGCCGAAGCGGUCCUAGCUGUCGAGUACUUACAUUCAUAUGGAGUUGUGCAUAGGGAUUUGAAGCCUGACAAUUUAUUGAUCACUGCCACGGGACACAUAAAGCUGACAGACUUUGGUCUUAGCAAGAUGGGUCUUAUGUCUUUGGCGACAAAUCUGUACGAGGAAUACGCUGACAGAGAAGCGCGCCAGUUUUCUGACAAGCAAGUUUGUGGCACGCCGGAGUAUAUCGCGCCCGAGGUCAUACUCAGACAGGGCUAUGGUAAACCGGUGGAUUGGUGGUCGAUGGGCAUCAUCCUCUACGAAUUUUUAGUUGGUUGCGUGCCCUUCUUCGGAGACACACCUGAAGAAUUAUUUGCUCACACUGUUAAUGAUGAUAUUGAAUGGCCGUCGGAAGAAGACUUCCCUAUAGCGGUGGAGGCGAGAGCGAUAAUCACUGAGCUACUCGCAAGAAACCCUAGGGACCGACUCGGGACCGGUGGCACGCAUCAAGUCAAGGAACACGUGUACUUUUACGGUCUGGACUGGAAUAACCUUUUACGACGGAAAGCCGAGUUUAUCCCUCAGCUCGAAAACGACGAGGACACUAGUUAUUUUGACAGCCGCUGCGACCGCUACAACCACAGCGAAGCGGACACGGACGAGGCAGCGGAAGCGGCGACGGAGGCGGGCGAGGAAGCGGGGUUGUUUGCCGCUUUCUCUUCAACUUCACCACAAUGGCGAAGACACACUUCAGCAGUAUCGCAUGAUUCUAGAAGUACGGAUAGCUGGCCGGGUACUCCAGACAGCGCCGGGCCUCCAAGCACACCUACUGCACCUUUGCACCAUCACCCGAGGUGUCCGAUGAUCAUCCCCGGCGGUUCAGCGUCGACGGCAGAGUCGUCUCAAACGGAUUCCGACGACGUGUCGCCCGCCGCCCGCCGCCGGCCCGCGCUGCGCCCGCACCCCGCGCAGCCGAGUCGGGCGUCUGACGCACCGAAGAAAGAAGCGAAGAGCGUUGACAAGCCGGAUCGUCCCGAGAAGACAAAACCGAUGGCGCUCGUCGCUCCGAAGGCUAUGCGCCGCUCCGCAUCUACUUCUGGUUUAUCCCUGGUUAUACACCCAGCGGAAGACACGGGUACACACGGCGGCGCGGGAUCUCCUUGCGCCGGCAACACGUCAAGCACCAACUCAUCGCGAGACUCUUCACCAUGUCGAGACCCGCCUUCGCCGUUCGCACAUCAUAAUCACUCGCUGAUCCAGUCAUCGAAGCCGCCGAUCGUGGUGCGGCGCGGCCCCCGCGGCUUCGGGUUCACGAUCCACACCGUGCGCGUGUACUACGGCGACACCGACUACUACACCAUGCACCACCUCGUGUCCGCCGUCAGCGAGCAGGGCGCCGCCUGGGCCGCGGGGCUGCGCGCCGGCGACCUCAUCACGCAGCUCAACGGCGAGUCCGUGCAGGGCUUGCUGCACACGCAGGUUCUCCGAUUGCUGCUGGCAGCGCCGCACGCCACACUCCGUGCCACGCCGCUAGAUCAGACCACCAUACAGGCGGGCGGGAGGCGACGAAUCGGUGGCGGGAGGCGAGCUUCUGCUCCACCGAGGCCGCGCCCGAGGCGAAGGUGUUCGCUGUUCAGGAGGAUCUCUACUAAAAGGGCUUCGCAGGAGAUGCAUCAGAUGGUGUCAGGGGUAGAGUUAGCUUCGCCGUCGGCACCCUCGUCACCGUGUGGUGACAGCCCACUGCACGCUGCUGCCACCACCACGCAUUACCAACGGCCGUCAUCGCUCCACGGUCUGAAGCACAAGCUGGUAGCGGGCGGCGCGGAGGUGCGCCGGGCGUCGCUGCAGCACAUGCCGCUGUCGCCGCUCGCGCGCACCCCCUCCCCCUCCCCGCAGCCGCCGCCGCAGUCGCCCACCAGCCGCUGCGAGGCGCGCAGCCCGUCGCCGCUCGCCGCGCGGGAGUGCGGCCGCCGCGCCUGGGCGCGACGCGACCCCGCCUCGCCGCUCCUGCGGCGAGCACUGUCCCCUGACAGACUGCACCCGCGCUCAGCCGAGUCCAAAUGCUCAAUCUCCCCUCUCUGCUGCGGCGGCGUGACCUCUGUCUCUGUCUCCGGGCCUCCUUCUAGAAGAGGAGUCGUGUGGCGCGCCCCCGCCCCUGCAGCACCCCCCACUCCUCCCCCUCAAGAUAAGGAGGAACCUCCAUUGCCGAGAAUAGCGGAAGAAAAGGAUUCGCCGACGCAUCAUGCGAAGAUCGCACUUAACAGGACACCUGCAAAGCAGAUGACUCCAAGCAUCUUCACGUCGUCGCCAAAGACGAGCCUCGAGAAGACGUUCGACGCGUCCAACUCCUUCGCUUCGCUCUCACUGUCCGACGAAUCCUUCGCUCCUGACACCUCUGUGGAUUUGGACACUUCGAGAGAUUUGACUAUUGAUAACCUCCGUCUCGACGAAAGUCGUUCUAGCACGGACACCGGCUCAAUAUUCUCCGAAGACAAAGAACAGAAACAAGAAGACAAAAAGAAUACACAAGAAGACAAAAAGAAGACUCAAGAAGACAAAAAGAAGACUCAAGAAACGCCUGCAGAACCUAAAGAAAAAGCCAGGAAGAAGUCAGACUCCAGUCUCAAAGAUGAAGAUAAGAAGGAAAAAGGGAAGAAGGAAAAACCGGAGUUAAAGAAACAAGAGUCUUUAAAGAAAGAGUUGAAAGAAGAGAAAGAAGCUCCGAAAGAGAAGGCGAUGGAAAGAACGGGGUCGGUGAAGAGAGGGGAGAGUAGGCAGGAGAAAGCGGAAGCGAAGAAACAAGAGAAGUUGGAGCGGCAGGAGAAGGAGAGUAAGAAGCAGGAGAAGAGUGAGAAGAAGGCGGAGGGGAAGAAGGAAAUGGUGAAGAGGCAGGAGUCUGUGGACGCGAUGAAGUGUCCAGAGCCGACGGAGACUGAAGGCCGUUCCAAGAACAGCAUGGUCAGCAAGCUGCUGGGUGUGAUGGGGCGGAAAGGGACGCGAGACAGAGACGAAGACGACCACAAGCCCAGCAGAAAGGCCGAGAAAGCCAAUCGGAAAAAGGGCGGGAACACCCCCACACAGCAGCAGCCGCCGAGCAAGCUGAGCGAAGCGGGGGGCUCCGACAAGGGCCCCGAGACCGAAGACACCAAGAGGAGACGGGGGCGCGCCUCCAGCUCCUCGUCACAGGAGAAGUAAGAUGCGAUAACGAUCUACCAUGGCCUUUCCCCGCAGUGACACUUGACAUUGACAAUUCUGUGCCUAUUACCAUAGAGGAAUAAGUAAGGGAAGAGUUGUAACUCCAUACAUCAGUA